GAUCUGGAAGAGUAAUCUACUUUUCUCAGGACUCUAAAUUUAUGCCGAACUUUGCAUUUUUGGUCUUACUGUUAAAGGACAAAAGGAUUACUAAACUGCUUCUGAAAUGAACUGAUUUGCUUCAGUUCAGACUGGACAUUUUACCCCAUACCUACAGUAUCGUGCAGUUUCGGUGUACACAUUUUAGCAUUAAUACAUUUACAGCUAUAUGUUUGUGUGAGUACUUAAUAGAGUGUUGUUGCUAUUUAUUUUCCGUAUUUGGGUUUUAGACCUUUUUUUUUGGAAAAAAAAAAAACAAAAAAAAAAACGGAAACGUUUAUGUCAGCGGUUACCAUGUGUUGUCACAUUCAUUUAAUCUUGGCAACAGUUUUGCUGACUGAAGUUGUGAAAUGUGAGUCUAUAGAGUCCGAGGCGAUCAUACCAGUCAAACUGUCAUCGAGAAACAGUUGGUUUGGGAGGAGUGAAGAGCGACAGAUUUUCAGAAUUAAUGCAUUUGGUCAAGUUUUCACGCUAGACCUGAGCCCGGAUAAUAGUUUUGUAGCUCCGACGUUAAAUGUUCAACGUAUCAAAGCAAAUCAUCUCUCAGCUUUUCUGAACGGCUCCAAAAAUGAGAAUAUUCCCAAGAAUGUUACUGAGUCCAGGGAAAGUGGAGACGACCUCAGAUACUGCUUCUACAAGGGCACAGUUAAUUCUGACAAGGAGUCGGUGGUCUCUGUUAGUCUCUGUCGUGGCAUACAGGGAACGUUUUUGACGCAUGGAGAUGAGUACUUUAUUCAGCCUGUCGCAAGUGACAAGAAAGGGACAUCUUUCUCGCAGAUGCACUUCAUUAAAAGGCGCGUGUUCACCAGAAAUCAAGCAACUUCGAAAAAUAAGUUUGAGCGUGUAACGGACGACAACCACUUAUUGACUGACAGCAUCCUUUGGUCCCGUGAAAAGCAUGAUGGCAAUCAAAGGCGGGAAAGAAGAUUUGUGUCAACCGCAAGGUACAUCGAGACCCUUGUAGUUGCUGACUCUUCAAUGACUCGUUUCUAUGGAGACGAGAUAAAGCAUUACCUCCUGACCCUGAUGAGCAUGGCAGCGCAACUGUACACCCACCCAAGCCUGAAAAAUGCUGUGAGCCUGGUCGUUGUUAAGAUGCUGGUGGUAGAGGAUGAGGAGGCAGGGCCUGAGUUGUCUAGCAAUGGAGGUGUAGCCCUACGCAAUUUCUGUGCUUGGCAGCAACUCUUCAACCCGGCGAGUGUGCGCCACCCUGAGCAUUAUGACACGGCCAUCCUGUUCACCAGAGAGGAUAUUUGUGGACAUCAGCAUUGUGACACCCUCGGUGUAGCUGAUGUGGGCACCAUGUGUGACCCCAAAAGAAGCUGCUCAGUCAUCGAGGACAACGGCCUCCAGGCAGCCUUCACCGUGUCACAUGAACUCGGCCAUGUACUUAGCAUGCCACAUGAUGACUCUAGGAACUGUGAGAAAUUAUUUGGGCAUAUCGAUGGCCACCACAUAAUGGCUCCCCUCUUUGUACACCUCAACAAGACUCUUCCGUGGUCACCAUGCAGCGCACUUUACGUCACUGAGUUUUUCGACAAUGGGCACGGUGACUGCCUGCUGGAUACGCCCGAGCAGACCCUGCCCCUCCAAGCUGAGCCACCGGGACAAGCAUAUGGCCUGGACCGACAGUGCCAGCUGGCAUUUGGCGAGCAGUUCGCCCGUUGCCCCAACACCCCAGAUGACCAGGCCUGCAUCCAGCUGUGGUGUCAGGAGGUGGGCAAACCCCAGUGCACCACCCGCAACGGGAGCCUGCCCUGGGCCGAGGGCACGCCCUGCGGGGAGGGGAGAAGCUGCCAUGUGGGCACGUGCGUCUUGAGAACACCAGGAAACAUGGAAGAGGAGAAAGUACCAGUGGAUGGCAGCUGGGGCGCAUGGGGUCCCUGGGGCUCCUGUUCUCGGACAUGUCAUGGUGGGGUUGAGUUUUCGCGGCCGCGAGUGCACGGACCCAGUGCACAAAAUGGAGGGUUGUACUGUGGCCAGAGGGUCAAAUACCAGUCCUGCAACAUCGUACCCUGCCCAGGAAACCAUGGUAAGAGCUUCAGAGAGGAGCAGUGUGAGAAAUACAACAGCAACCAGUACUUGGACACGCGCGGGAACAUAAAGCAGUGGAUCCCGAAGUAUUCUGGAGUUUCCCCCAGGGACCGCUGCAAGCUCUUCUGCAGAGCCAAGCAUAGCAACGAGUUCAAGGUCUUCGAGGCCAAGGUAGUGGAUGGUACAACCUGUGGUCCAGAUACCACGUCUAUCUGUGUCCAGGGCCAAUGCAUCAAGGCAGGCUGUGACCAGGUCAUAGGUUCCAACCUGAAGUUAGAUAAGUGUGGCAUCUGUGGAGGAGAUGUAAGCUGCAGAAAGAUCAGUGGCUCUCUGAACAAAGCUAGGUAAGUUGGCUACAAUGAUAUUGUCACCAUCCCACCGGGCACCAACAUAGAUGUCAAGCAGCGCAGCCACCGAGGUCUCAGACAUGAUGGCAACUACCUGGCGGUGAAGGCUGAGGAUGGCACCUACAUCCUGAACGGUAACUUCUCUGUGUCGACAGCUGAGCAGGACAUCCCAGUGCGUGGUGCCGUACUCCGCUACAGUGGCUCCUCCACCACCCUGGAACGGCUGCUCAGUUUCCAGGAGCUCCAGCAGAGCAUCACCAUCCAGCUGCUGUCCACGGCUGGUGACGCCUCACCACCCAGGGUCAAGUACACCUUUUACUUGCCCAGGGUGUGCCUUUCGAGCGACCUGGCGGCCUCUCCCCGCAUUGCCAUUCUCCCUUUUGGUGCUGCCAACUGGGUACUGGGUGAGUGGUCUGAGUGCUCCAAAAGCUGUGGUUCAGGUUGGUCACGGAGGAGUGUGGAGUGCCGAGAUGUGGCGGGCUUGCUGUCAUACUCUUGCGACGCGGACCUGCGGCCGGCUGACAUCCGGCCAUGUGGGGAUCUGCCUUGUCCUGCCUGGCAGAUGGGGCCCUGGUCGGCCUGCUCACGGACUUGUGGCCCUGGUGAGCGCCAGCGGGGCGUGCUGUGUGUGGACUACACUGGCAAGGCCGUGCACCCGGACAAGUGCAGUCUAGACAAGAGGCCGGAGGCCGAGCCCGGGGAGUGCUUUUACCAGGACUGUAAACUAAGGGGGGGAUGGGGAGACUGCAGCAUGGACUUCUGUAGUAUAAGCAGUGAAGGGGAUAUCCAGUAACAUUUAAAAACCCUUCUCUUUUCAUUAGGCAUUUGACCAUGCUUCAGAAGCAACCAAGGAAACUAACAUGAACCAUGGGUGCAGAAUUCACUUGUCAAGCAUAACCAGGGCAUUUGGUAUGAGGUUUUAUCUAUGUGACAGAGUAACUUACUUCUCAUUGUUGUUCAUAUUCUCCACUUUUGCCUUCAAAUCAUCUAACCACUAUCAAAGAUGGGUUUUUUUUUUUUGCUUUCCACCCCUUUAGCAUCUACCUCAAAUCUAUUUUUAAGAGAGCAUUCUGUUUAUACCUUUACCACAAAGGAGUUUUACCUUUGCAGAAACCUGCUGAAGCUCUAUUCAGAUAAUAACUGGUCAAAUACCUCCAUAUUACAAUGCAUUUUAGCCUAUGUCAGACUGAAAAUGUAAAUGAGAACUGAAUCUAAUAUUCAGAGCUACCUGAAUCAUAGACACAAUAGCUUCACAAGCUGGAGUGUCUGGCUCUUUAGACUGCAUCUGACUGCCUUUAUAGUAGAUAUUCUUCCUAUAUGCUCUUAUAAUCACUUAUAAUUGAUUUUGCAGAUUUUAUUUAUUUGCCAUACUGUGUUCUGUAGCAAUGAGUUGGUUAACUAUUAAAAGUUCAUAAUUUAAUACUGGUUAAUAUUACAGGUGGAAAGCUUUCGGAUUUUACGUAUUUCAACACUGGAACAUUUUUAAAGUAUAGUCCUUAGUCACACAGACAUGGUUGAAACCUAUAUGCAGACAUUGAAUCGGCCUGUGCUGGAGCUCUGGGAUAAAGUUAGGGCAUUUAACUUCUGAUUAUCAGCUCUUCAGAUUUGCCUAUGGGUAUCGAGCCGCUUUUUAGUUUAUGAGGCACUGCAGUUAGAAAAGUCCCUCUGAGCAGUAAACACUGCUUUUCACCUUAGCUGAGCUGUCAUCGUGUUUAUAAACAACAGUAUUGAGACGUAACUGUGAUCACAGGCUGUCCUUUCCUUUGCCUUUUCCACCAACAUCCACUGGUAGACAUUAGGGAUGAUAUACACAAACAAUACCAGGGGUUGCAGUAAGAAAUAAUUUAGCACUAAUUGUUAGCUUACUAGUGGCUAUUUAGCUAUUUGGAUAGAAGUAUGUAUAAAAUGAACAUACUUUAUAAUCAUAACGUUUCAUGCCAAAAAGCUUUCUUGUGAAUAACACAAACAUGCUUGUAUUUUGCAAUCUAUGAUUCUUCUUUCUUUUAAGCUUCAGUGGUUUCGAUAUGUCAUGUGGAUAUAAACCCCUGUGGGAAAAAAAAAAAAAAAAAAGGUUUAUCAUAUUGGAAUGCCCUGAGAUUUUUUUUUAAAGGAAAAGAAAUAUCUGCUUCAUAUCUGAUGGGCAAAAAAAAAAACAAAAAAAAAAAACGGUAGUAAAUUCUUUGCCAUGUAAUGCUCACAUAACACUUGUCUGACACAUUAGAGUAGUGCAAACAGGGUGAUCUUUGCUCAUCUGCCCAGUAGAGUACUGAAAUAUCUUUCAGAGUCAGUUGAGUCAUUUACACUUUGUAAAAUGAAAAAAAAGGUGUAUUACAUAUACAGUAAAUGCAACGAGAGACAAAAUGUAUUUAUUUUUCAAUCUAUUUGCCUAUUCCCUUGCAUUCUCAGACCCAACAGAAAAGCUAGAACAACUGCAUAAAACACAGAUUUAAACACAUUUUGUUGGUCUUGCAUUUGCAUUCCUUUUAAAUGAAAAAAAGAAAAUUUCUGAAAUUAUGUAGAUCUGAAACUUAAGUGUUCUAUUCCUUCAGUGAAGGUCUGUAAGAUGCUAUUGUUAAUAGCUUCCUUUUAAAGCUAUUUAUUUUUCUACCUUAAGACACCUAACAGUGUUUUAUUUCUUGUUGCUGCUGUCUAUCCAACAUAACUGUUAUUGAAAUCAUUUAUUAAAGAUGUGUCUCGA